CCACUCAUCUUUUUUUCAUUGCUUUUCAGCCUUAUUCAUCCCAGACACUUUUUCAGUCCACCAGGGAGCUUCACUAAGUGAUGGCAGGUGUUGCUGUGUUCUGGUUAAUUGUUGCGCUGAGCCUGGCCCUGCCAGCAGGCGUGCAACCAGGGAAAAAUAAACCUUCUACUGGUUCCAGUCGGCCUGCUGCUGGUUCCAGUCGGCCUGCUGCUGGUUCCAGACCACCUUCUCCUGGUUCCAGACCACCUUCUCCUGGUUCCAGACCACCUUCUCCUGGUUCCAGUGGUGUGGGUACUGGCAGUACUGUUAGUACCUCUACCCAACAAUUUGACAGAACACAACUGCAUAAUUCGAUGGUGAAAAUCUGGAAUAUAUAUGAUCCUUACAACAAUAUGGGACAGUACAGCAUGGCCAUAAUCGUCCCAUUUGUAAACGGACAGCCAGACCUUGACACAGUCCAAAGAGCAGACCCUCCAACAAACAUCGCAAACUCAUUCCGUCAAGAAGAGGUUUAUAGUGGUCAUUACAUUGUGGCAGCCAAACCUGUGGACAGAAAAAAUGUUGAUCCAAAUCUGGGCAUCAAGGACCAUGCUGAAUAUCGGGUGUUAAAAGAGAUGCAAAGGAUAAACUCCGGACGAUAUCGCACAUUUAAAAAGAAGCAGCUUGACCAGAAUGCUGAUUAUCGACUGAUUCUUUACACUUAUUUUUCUCCAUGUCUUUCUCCUUGUGCUGACGAGGGCCGUGGGAACAACAUUCUUCAAUACCUUCCCCUCAUCACAGCCUGGGGAAGAUAUGCACUUGUGUUCACUGAGCCUUUCCAACCCGGAAAGGGAACAGAGAAAGAGAAACAACUAUAUACACCCAGUCAGCUUAAAACAGCCAUUAUGAAUAUUGCUCAGGGAAAUGGAUUUGGCUUGGACCACAUAUUUCGUUGUGAUAAUCCAGAAUGUGUGAGCUGUAAAGAUCAGAUAGAUGAGGGGAAAACAAGGGACAAAACAGUCAGAAAGGAAGUAAUAGAUGAAGAGGGUGACACAUGGACUAGUGUGGGCAAAGAAAAAAUUCCGGCUAAACCUAAAAUUCAAGUCCAUGACAGAUGUGUUCAAGGUACACUGGGUUAGCUGAUCAGUCAUUUCUAUUUUACAAGUAAAAAUCUACUUGCUAGACUACCAAACAAACAAACAAACAAGCAAAUAAAUAAAUAAAUACCCUCUCCAUCUGCUCUUAGAAUCAAUAAGUAUUGCUUCUGUUGCUUGGAAUCAAUAUACAGAUAUCAGUGGCAAGUGGUGACCUUUUUGUGUAGUCAUGCUGUGGUCCCGAUUUCCUGCGAGCGCCCGUGAGGGCGUGAGGUCGAAAAUUUUGGGGCAUUUAUUUAUUAAUAAAAACGCAUAAUAUGGUU